AUGUCAAAUUUAAAUUAUUCAAGGGUUCCUGCCGGUGCUUUUAUUGAAUUUCAGGUAGUUAUUUUAACUAACGAUGAAAAUAACUUUACAAAUGAAUUAUGUGAUAAUAAAUGUAAAGCGUUAAUAAAAAUAUGUAAUAGAUGUAUGAUUUAUUAUAUUAUUAAAAAUAUUAUUGAACAAAAAUUAAAAUAUAUUACCAUUGUUGUUAAUGGAAAAUACUAUAAUGAUAUGGUUAAUUAUAUAAAUGAAGCAUUUCCUGAUAAUUAUAAGUUUGAUGAUAAAAAAAGUAAAAAUAAUUACUGUAUAGACAUUGAAUCUUAUUCUACUAAUGAUAACGAGGAUAUUGGAUCUAUUCAAUGUUUAUUGCAAAUAAAAAAUAAAAUAAAAACAGAUUUCAUUGUCGUUAGUUGUGAUCUUCUUGGAUUUGUUGAUUUUCAUUCACUAGCAAAUUUAUUUAGAGGAGAAAAUGCCAUGUGUGGAAUAUUGUUAUUGGAGGAUGAUCAGGCAAAGAGCACUGACAAAAAAAAAAAAGAAAUCAAAGAAGAAUAUUUAAAUUUAGAAAAUAACAUAUGGGUAUGUAUCGAUAAAAAUAGUAGAGUUGUUAGCAUAAAAGAUUCGUUAUCAAUGAAGCAAAACGGAAAAUUAAAAAUAAGUAAAAUAAAUAUAUUGCUUCAUAAAAAUUUUCUUCUGAAAACAGAUUUAUUAGACAGCCAUGUUUACAUUUUUAAGCAUUAUGUUUUGAAUAUAUUAGAAGAUAAAAAAAAUAAAUUCACAAGUAUAAAGUAUGAUUUAGUACCUUAUUUAGUAAAAAUACAAAAUAUCCCCAAAUCUUCUAGAUAUUCAAAAUCCGAAUUUAAAUUUAAUAUGUAUAAUACAUUAAUUGAUAAAUAUGAGGGUGUUGAUGAUAACAAAGAAAUAAAAAAAGUAUUACCAAUAUCAGAUAUUGUUGAUAAUCAAGAAAAUAUUGAAAGUGUUGUUUGUUAUGUACAACCUAAGACUACUGGAUUUUGUCAAAGGAUUAAUAACAUACCUAAUUUCUUUAAAGCUAAUUUACUUUUUUGUGUUACUAGACAUGAUCAAUUAAAAAAUGUUUUGCCACCUUAUUGUUUUUUUCUCUUAACUGAAAAAAAUCAAUCUUACAGGGAUUGUAUAAUAAGUAGUCAUUUUAAUCAUGAAGAAAAUGUAUUUUUGAAAAAAUCAGUUCUUGGAAAAAAUAUUAAUAUAAAAAAAAAUACUUCUAUUAAUAGAAGUAUCUUAAUGGAUAACAUAACAAUUAACGAAAAUUGUGUAAUUCAAAACUCAAUUAUUUGUGAUAAUGUUGUUAUUGAAAAUAAUUGCAAAUUAAUUGAUUGUAUUGUAAAAGAAAACAGUACAAUUGAAAAGGAUAGUAUUUUUGAAAAAGAAACCUUACCACUAUUUAUUCCUUCAUAG